UCGCGGCGGCCCGCAGUCGGCGGCGGGGCCUAGCGCCCGCUCGGCCCGCCCCCUCCCUGCCGCCCCGCCCGCGCCGCCGCGCCGGCCGCUGUCAGAGGCGCGUUGAAUGCUGAGCAGCUGUCGUCGCCUGCUGCUGCACGUCCUGGUCCCGAGCUUCCCGCUGCUGAGCCGCGGACUGCGGCUCUUCCCUCUCCACUUCAUGAAGCCGUUGGUCGUGUUCGUUUUGGGAGGGCCCGGUGCGGGCAAGGGGACCCAGUGCGCGCGCAUCGUCGAGAAAUAUGGCUAUACACACCUUUCUGCAGGAGAGCUUCUACGUGAUGAAAGGAAGAAUCCAAAUUCACAGUAUGGGGAACUUAUUGAAAAGUACAUUAAAGAAGGAAAGAUUGUACCAGUUGAGAUCACCAUCAGUUUAUUAAAGAGGGAAAUGGACCAAACAAUAGCUGCCAAUGCUCAGAAGAAUAAAUUCUUGAUUGAUGGAUUUCCAAGAAAUCAAGACAACCUUCAAGGUUGGAACAAGACUAUGGAUGGGAAAGCAGAUGUAUCUUUUGUUCUGUUUUUUGACUGUAAUAAUGAGAUUUGUAUUGAACGAUGUCUUGAAAGGGGAAAAAGUAGUGGUAGGAGUGAUGACAACAGAGAGAGCUUGGAAAAGAGAAUUCAGACUUACCUCGAAUCAACAAAGCCAAUUAUUGACUUAUAUGAAGAAAUGGGGAAAGUCAAGAAAAUAGAUGCUUCUAAGUCUGUUGAUGAAGUUUUUGGUGAAGUUGUGAAGAUUUUUGACAAAGAAGGCUAACUAACCCUGAAGACAUCUUUGAAAUCAUGCUUGAAUAUUGCUUUGAUAGCUGCUAUCACAGCCCCUUUUA